AUGGCGACCCGAAAGCGAAAGGCCGAUGAGGAUGGUGACGAGUCUAUGGCAUCUACUUCUCCCGCAAUUUCUGCUCGAACCCUUUCUCGACCAUCGAAAAAAUUCCGAUCUCACGAGGUUAUCGGCAGGCCACUCAGCCUCCCACGACUCCUGGAAACCCUGGAUACCGCCCAACUACGCACUGUGCUGGAACGUAUCUGCGAACGCCACCCGGAAAUUGGCCAGGAAGUAACCUCUGGUGCUCCUCGUCCCACCGUCAACUCGGCCAUUACUGUUUUGGACGACUAUCGUCGGAAGUUGAAGGAGUCGGUUCCUUAUGGUGAAUCCAGCCCGGAAUACACCUACUACAGGGUUAAGGACUCUCUCGUCGCUCUUUUGGAUGCCUUGUCCGACUUCACGCCCCAGUUCCUCCCUCCCAAUGAAACCCAGCCGACCAAGUCCCUGGAAUUCCUCGACUACGCAACCGGUCUACUUCACGAACUCCCUGAUUGGAACCCGCAGGCUUACCGCCAUCACAAGGAUAAUGCCUAUGAAGACAUCUCAAAGGCGUGGGAGCUUGUAGUGAACGAAGCUGCGAAACGAGGAGGAGGAUUUAAUCUGCAUUCUGCUGGUUGGGAUGAGAAGCUUACUCGCCAUAACCAGCAGUCUGGUAAUCGUCUCCAGACUGCUGUUUCUGCAAUGGCCAAUAAUGUCGGAUGGAUGGGUCACAACAUGAACCCGGCUUCUGGUCCCAACGAGCGGGAAUCUAUCCUGAAUCAACUAAUGUCUGGUGCUUAUGGUUCUCCUGUCCGUGUAGGGCCAUGCGGAGGAAAUUGGCAUUGCAUCGAGGGUACGAGCAUUCAUAACGACAUAUGA